GGAGCACCAUGAGCGCUGUCCAAAAUUCCCAUUUCAGCUCCAAAAACCAGACCCGCAUCCAUCCACCAGCCGAGACGAAGAAGAAGAAGAAGAGAACUAGAAAGCUGCGAUCUCUCUCUCUCUCUCUCUCUCUCUCUCUCUCUCCUUGCUCCAUCAUCAGGUACGCCCGCGGGUUCACCUUAAUUUCCUUCCGCAGAUCUCAUUUCCUGCUUCCGAUCACGCGAAUUCUCUCGAUCGGAUCCCGACGGUGUGAUUGAGAAACUCCGGGAAUUCGAAUUCUUUGCGGAUCUUGUCCGAUCGGCCGAUUCGAUCUCUCGAGCCCCCCUCGAAGAUGAAUUCCAACUACGGCAAACCCAACAACCCGCAGCGCAGCUCCGGCUCUUUGGGCAGCUUCGAUUUCGACAUCGGGAUCGGUUCGAACAAGCCUAGGUCCCUGAACGAUCAGAAGAACAAGACGACCUCCUUCUCGUACGCCGCCGCCGCGCCGUCGCCCGCGCAGCCGUCGAGGCCCGCGUGGCAGCCCAACAAGCCCUCGUGGACCCACCAGCCUGCCGCCGGCGCCGGCGCCCCCGGCCCGGCGCAGUCGGCGGGGGCAGCGUCCCUGGGCGGGCCCACGUCGAUGGUCGGGGACAUCUUCGGCAAGAGCUGGUCGUCGUCAUCGACGUCGACGGGUUCUUUGGGGUCGGGGUUGGGGAUCGGGAUCGCGAAGAAGGACACGAACUUGUUCGGGGAUUUGGUUAGCUCGGCUUUAGGAGGAGGGCAGGGUAAGGGCGGCAGUGGCAAUGUCCCGUUGAAGAACGCGACGCCGGCUGCAUCGGCUAGCAAGACCGCAUAUUCGAUGGGGAAUUUAGCAGAUUCGCUGCCGAAAUCCGGUAAUUCGAUGCACAAUAGUGGAAGUCGGGGAUCUGGGGGUUAUAGUACUGGUGGCGUUGGGGGUGUUAAUUGGAAUGGCGUUAACGCCGGCGGUAAGAGUGCGACUCUCGGAGGUCCUUCGAUGCAAAAUAUGGCUGGUGGUGGUGGUGGUGGAGGUGGAAUCAAUACCAAUAAGGAUCCAUUCAGUAAUUUGGUUGGUUUUGGAUCAAAACAGCAGUCGGGCAGUCUCAACUCAGCGAGCAAGGCCAGUGCUAAGACUGGCACCGGUAGUCAUGAGUUUGGAGAUUUUCAGAAUGCUCCUUCAUCCGGUACGACCACAUUCUCGUCGAGCGGGUUUUCCGCAAAUAAAACCAAUUUUGCGGCAUCAAACAUGAGCUUUGGUUCGAAAAUGGAUGAUUUCGGGGUGCCUGCCAAGAAUUUCAGUCAGCAGAGUCAGACUCCUGUCCAGAGCUCAGGCGCAGACAGUUUCGAUGUGUUGUUCUCUUCAUCCUCUGGUUCGGCUUCUGCUGGUGUUGCCACAGGAGAACAGCAAGCUGUGGGAGUGGAUGACUGGGGUUUGGAUUCAGAUUUUGGAGGAGGAAAUGAGGGUGGCGGCACCACCACGGAACUUGAGGGGCUUCCACCGCCUCCUUCAGGCAUAUCAGCUUUAACUGCUAAGAACAAGGGCAUGGAUAAUCAGAAGCAAGGGCAAUAUGCCGAUGCCAUUAAGUGGUUGUCGUGGGCUGUGAUUCUCCUUGAAAAGGCUGGAGAUAAUUCUGCCACCACGGAAGUCUUGUCGUGCCGAGCCUCAUGUUACAAAGAAGUCGGGGAGUAUAAGAAGGCUGUGGCAGACUGUACAAAGGUGCUAGAACAUGACGAUGCAAAUGUAGCCGUUCUUGUACAGCGAGCUCUUUUGUAUGAGAGUAUGGAGAAGUACAGACUUGGCGCAGAAGACCUGAGGAUGGUGCUGAAGAUUGAUCCUAGUAACAGAGUUGCUCGAAGCACUAUUCAUCGCUUGAACAAAAUGGCAGACUAAGCAACCUUCUGAAACUUAUUCAUUUUUUCUCCUCAAGUGAUGAGCCUUACUUCUUCCCCUUCUCCAAUUUUGUUUGGGGAAUAGUAAAAAUCUUAUCCUUUGUCCGAGAUUGAGAUUUACAUUGGUUGUAAAACUUUUGAGUGUAUAACGUAUUGUAUUUGCUUCAGUUUUCAUCGGAUGCUACCUGCAACUAAUUCUUGAUUGUCACUUCAUAAAGGUAUGAGAUUUUUUAGGUUUUCUCCACUUUGUCCCAUGCAAUGUGCAGCAAUUCACCUUAAGCUCAAUAGGCGUAGCUCCUUUUGUUUCACUGUAAUACACACAUACUUUUGAAUGAUUUGGUUAUGUGUAAGCUGAUCCAUUAUCAGUUGUGAGGUAAAUGAGAUUGAAAUUCCCUCUCUUUACC